AUGUGGGAGAGGUACAGUCUGCGUCCAGCUCUCGACUCUGGUCCAGCUUUCAUGCCGGUCUUCCUCUACGGCACAGCCUGGAAAAAAGAACAGUCAGCCGAUCUCGUGUACAUCGCGGUCAAAGCCGGCUUCCGGGCGAUUGACACGGCUGCCCAACCGAGACACUAUCAGGAAGAUCUGGUGGGUGAUGGAAUCCGCAGGGCAAUUGCUGAUGGAAUUGUUCGCCGGGAAGACUUAUAUGUGAGUCCAUUCAAGCCAACAUCUCCAACUGACUCCUGCCUAACCCAAGCCAAGGUGCAAACCAAAUUCAGCCCUGUGGAGGCGCAGGACCCGAAUAACAUGCCGUAUCAUCCAGAGGCCUCCGUAACCGAACAGGUCCAAACAUCUGUCAUGUCCUCAUUGCACAAUUUACGACCAUCCUUUGACCCUGCUAGCGUAGACCAUGCCUACAUUGACGCGCUAGUGAUUCAUUCACCGCUGCGCACUUUGGAAUUGACUUUGGAAGCUUGGUCUGCACUGGAGACUUACGUGCCUCACCGGAUCCGGAACCUGGGCAUCUCCAACUGUUCUUUGCCUGUACUUCGCGAGCUAAACGACUCUCCCCAGGUCAAGGUGAAGCCUGCAGUGGUGCAAAACAGGUUCUAUGAGGACACUCUGUUUGACGUCUCUUUGCGUGCCUUCUGUCGCGACCAUCAGAUCAUCUACCAGAGUUUCUGGACCUUGACAGCCAACCCCGAUCUAGUGCGUUCCACACCCGUUCAGCAACUGGCUGCACAUACCGAUAUCAGCCCCGCAGCCGCCCUAUACGCUUUAGUGGUGAGCUUGAGCAACGUCGCUGUCUUGAAUGGCACGAAGGAUGAAGGACGCAUGAGAGAAGACCUGGCUGCGCCAACAAGAGUAGAGGAGUUCACGCAUGCACAGCCAGAGCAGUGGCAACAAAUUCGUGAGAAAUUUCGCGCAUUGAUCAAGGAAGAGUAG